CCAGCACAAAUACGGCACUCAAGACUCGGAUCGCAAAUGGCCCAAUUCUGGGUUUGCAGUGCGAGCCACCAUUUCGGCGAGACGCAAAUGAACUGGAAGCCACACAGGUACUACGAGGGGGAAUUUCUGGUCCGAGUGCGAAGAGUCAUCGAAAUGCACCAUCAUGGCCUUGUCCGGUGAAGUCUGCGAGACCGUAUAGAAUAAGUGCUCCGAGGCCAUCCUCCGGAGCAUGCAAUGCAAGGAAUGACUCAGCAGUGGCUGGAUGGAGCUCAAGCUCGGUAGCUGCCUAGAACACAUUCUCAUGCAACCGCCGGGGUUUAUCAAUCUCGCAAGUUACAACACCAUGACCAUCACUCAGGACGCGGUAUCGAAUCCCUUGAUUCUUCGUUUGAUAUUUCUACAUUUACCAAUCAAAGAAUUAUUGCUGGCGCAACGAGUAUGCCAAGGAUGGCGACGCCUUAUCAAGAAAUCCAACUCGCUACAACAGGCACUCUUCUUCGUACCUGACGACACUCCAGUAGACGAUGGAACAGUAUCACCAAAUGAAUUGCUCAUGGAGCGUUUUUCGGGCUUCUACAUCGACGGAACCCAUCUGAGCUCCCGAAAAUGUAUCGGGCCUUUGGCGUCAACAGACUUUCACCGCUUGAGUCGCACCCAGGGUGACAAUCCAAGUACAGCGGCCGCAUACAACGAUGCUGCCUUCUCAAGACCAGAGGCAAGCUGGCGCCACAUGCUACCUUGCCAACCCGCUCCAACAGAGCUUCAAGUCGUGUAUUCAUUGGAGAGUAUGGGAGGGAAACAUGGUACUGUCAAGGCUCUGCGCUUCGACAAGAAUUCCCAUUCCGAGCAAGCGCACCUCACAUUCGGGGUGAUUUACGAUCUUGUGCAAGCUUUCAUGCUGCCUUCGUCCACAAAUCGCCCAGGAUUCGCGGCAAAUGUCGAGAUCAUUGGGUUCACAGAUCAGAAGAAAGACGUCUUGCCAGAAGACGAGCAGGAGCGAAAACGAUUCUUGAUCCAACGUAACUCACGCAAAGCAUAUCGACAACAUCACGUGAAAUCCAUGCGCACGGCGCUUCCCGAGAUCAACUUUGCUGGAGAAGGAUGCGUAGUCGUACGGCUUUGUCGCGUGCAGCAGUGUUGCGUUGGAGGACACAUACAGCCUGGUCAGAUUUGGUAUUCUGCUGAUUACCUGAAGAGUGAUGCUUCGCUCGUUGGAGAUGGAAAGAGUAUUGAGUGGGAUGUCGAGAAGAACUUCUUCGUGCGUUGA